GAGGGCAGCCACAGGAGAACCCAUGUUUCACUGGAAGACACGGCUGUGACACCAACGCUGUGUGCCGACCUGGAGACGGAGCUCAGUUCACCUGCCAGUGUGCUGCUGGCUUCAACGGUGAUGGCCGCACAUGUUAUGACAUUGAUGAGUGCAGGGAGAAUCCUCAGAUCUGUGGCUCCCACGCUAUCUGCAACAACCAGCCCGGGACCUUCCGCUGCGAAUGUGAGGAGGGUUAUCAGUUUGGCAGCGAUGGGCAGACCUGCGUUGAGGUUGAUCGACCUGUGGACGCCUGUGAAGAAGGCACCCACACCUGUGACAUUCCUGAGCGCGCUCAGUGCAGCUACACCGGAGGCUCGUCCUACAUCUGCUCCUGCCUGCCAGGGUACAUAGGGGAUGGAAGAAUCUGCCAAGACAUAGAUGAGUGCCAGCCAGGCAGGUGCCAUCAGGACGCUGUGUGUUAUAACACCCAGGGAUCAUUUACCUGCCAGUGCAGGCCGGGUUACUAUGGUGACGGCACCUACUGCUCUCCAGAGAGGACAAAAACACAAUGUGAGAGCCACAGAGACAGUCUUCUGGGUGCGACAGAGUUUGGUCCACGGGGCCCCCGACCUCCUGUUGGACAGUACAUCCCUACAUGUGAUGAGAACGGAGCCUAUGAACCCAUGCAGUGCCACGGCAGCACAGGACACUGCUGGUGCGUGGACCGAAGUGGGCGGGAGAUCCCUGGGACUCGCUCUGGGCCUGGCAGCAGACCAAUGUGUAUUGACCACGGUGGAGUGCCACCACCUGUUGGACCCACACCACGACCUGAUGUCCACCCCCUGCCUUCAGGAACACACCUGUUGUUUGCCCAGAGCGGCAGGAUCGAGCACGUCCCUCUGGAAGGUUAUGAUAUGAAGAAGAAUGACGCUAAGGCUCUCCUCCAUCUCCCU